AUGACUCGAAAUAUUCGUACUAUAAAUGGUGCUAAGCACAAUGGACAAUUAGAAUUUCAAUAUCAAAACAUUCAAAAGCUAGCUGCAGCUGCCUUAGAUGCAUGUGAAGAGUUUGGUGAAUCAUUUUCAAUAGAUAUAGUUUCAAUUUUACAUCAUAUUAGUGUUGAUCAAAUUAGAAAAGAUCUCUACGGAGAUUCAAUUGAUUUGCAGAAACGGUUUGCAAUUGCAGGUGGUAUUAGUCCAGCUUUAGUUAGUGUAGUAAAUCACAUUCCAUUUACACUUAUUCGUGCUAUUGAAAACAGUCAAGAUGAAGAUCAAGUUACCCAGGUUCAUUCAAAAAACAAUAUUUUUACUUCAUCACCACUUUCAAAAAUUGAACAUAAAAUAAUUUCAACUCGUUCGAACACGCAUCAAUAUGUUGAUAAUAUUGUACCUGUUGAUUUAAUUGAAGAGAAUACUGUUUCCCAGAGAGAAUUAAAUAUUUUGAUAUGGUUCUAUAUAAAAUGUUUGGAACGAGCACAUUCAUCAAUACCGGUUAUCAUCGAUUCAACAAAUUUAAUAGAGUAUAAUCAAUCGAAAUUCUGUGCAGUUAAUUCAAGUGUCGCAGCAGAUAUCGUACAAGAAACACCAUCGAAACGCUUGAAGAAACUAUUUCAUAAUAUAAUGUUAGUAGCAUCAUUUGAAUUGGAAAUGGAAUGGUCAAUAACACAUAAACAUGGAUUAGGACUUAGUAACACUAACACACGAAAACAAUGUUUAAAUAUUUGCUGUAUAAACGCGAUUAUUCAAUGUCUAGCUAACAUUGCUCCAUUCGUUCAAUGGCUAUUAAAUAAAGAAAUUCAUAUGUCAUGUACAUUGAUGGAAAACAACGAAUUCUGUUCUUGUUGUGUUCUACACUCGGUUAUUGAAAAAUCAUCAAUUAAAUGCACACAAUGUUUAAAUGAAAAUAGUAAACAGAGUUAUGAACGUUUAUGGUCAAUUUCGAUUAUUUCUUAUUUAACACUUGAGCAAGCUCUUGAUGAAUUCUGUUCAGUAGAAAAAUUAACCGGUGAUGAUCAAUUUUAUUGCUCAAAUUGUCAAGCGAAAGUGUUAGGACUACAAUCAACAAAACUUAAUCAUGUAUCACCUGUUAUUUUUAUCCAGUUCAAGCGAUUUAUUUAUGAUAAACAUGUAGAAGUUAUUCGUAAAAUAAAACAAUUUAUUUCAUAUCCAGAAUUGCCUGAUAUUUCACCAUUUCGCACAUCAGAAAUCGACUAA